UAAUGGUUUGUUUUGCUUGCAGAUUGCAUUACCUUCUCAUUCUACAGCUUCACUUGGCUAGGAGUUCAGGACUUUGCUUAGUUACCAUCAUGUCACAGGGCUGGCAUACAGACAACAAUUACCAAUCAUGGGAAAGAAAUUAUCCAGGAGUGCAGAUUAUUCCUGCCCCGGUUUCCCAACAGCCUACCAUAAUUCAACAAAUUCCUGGAGGAUUCGUUCCACCCCUGUCUCAUCCUAUAAGACAUGGUAGUGCCAAAGAAGAUUUAAUUGAAUUGAUGAUGAUUCAGAAUGCACAGAUGCACCAGGUUAUCAUGAGCAACAUGACAAUGUCAGCACUGUCAAGCUUUGGAUAUGGAGCUACACAGCCUACACCCAUGCCCCCGCAGCCGACUGUGAUCUCAGUACCUUUAGAGGCAGAAGAACCUGUUGUGUAUCACCACCACUAUGAUUCAUAUCCUGCAAAUUACCAAACAUAUCCAAUGUACCCUAUGUGGCAGCCACAGCCUCAGAUCCAACACCGUGAACCAACAGUCAGACAUUUGGAGAUGCCACCCAACACUCCUGCCCAUCUUGGAGACCAACGAGCUGUUCCACCACCUCCCCCUCUGAGUGCAACUGGCACAGUGGGUGCUGAUGUUCCUCCAGCUUCAGAAUACUAUGACUUGGCUGACGCAAGAUUAUAAUGGAACAACAAUCUGCUUAUUCUUAAACUGAAGAUGAAAAAAAUAAUAUAUAUAUAUA